GGAGGCGCCGGCUGCUGGGAGCGGAGCGCCGGAGCUCUCGGCGGGCUGGAGCGCGGGCCGGGGCCACCGAGAUCACGAGGCAACUGCCAUUGAAAGAUAUUGAGUGACUGUUUCCAAGACAGCAAGCAUAAGGGAAGCUGCCAGAAGUAUUGACCGAAGUUUAAAUUACCUAAAUGUCAAAUAAUGGUCUCCACCUGCCAAAGAAGGUUGUGGUUGCCAAGAGAAAGGUAACCAUUUCUCAUCCCCUCGAGUGGAAUUGGAUGCCUCUAGGAGCCCACAUUGGUUGGCAGUAGACAUGGCUGAAUUUGCAAGCUACAAGGAGACUGCCUCCAGCCGCCACUUGCGGUUUAAGUUACAGAGUCUAAGCCGCCGCCUUGAUGAAUUGGAGGAAGCCACAAAAAACCUCCAGAAAGCAGAGGAUGAGCUCCUAGAUCUCCAGGACAAGGUGAUUCAGGCAGAAGGCAGCAACUCCAGCAUGUUGGCCGAGAUUGAAGUGCUGCGCCAGCGGGUGUUGAGAAUUGAAGGUAAAGAUGAGGAAAUUAAGAGAGCAGAGGAUCUGUGUCAUCUGAUGAAGGAGAAACUUGAAGAGGAGGAAAACCUAACUCGGGAGCUGAAAUCUGAGAUUGAACGGCUUCAGAAACGAAUGGCGGAAUUAGAGAAGCUGGAGGAGGCCUUUAGCAGGAGUAAGAAUGACUGUACCCAGCUGUGCCUGAGCCUGAAUGAGGAGAGAAAUCUGACCAAGAAAAUCUCCUCUGAGCUGGAAAUGCUGAAAGUCAAAGUGAAAGAACUGGAAUCUUCUGAGGACCGCCUGGAUAAAACUGAGCAGAGUUUAGUGUCAGAGUUAGAAAAGUUGAAAUCAUUAACUCUGAGCUUUGUAAGUGAGAGAAAAUACUUGAAUGAAAAGGAGAAGGAAAAUGAGAAAUUGAUAAAAGAACUCACUCAAAAACUAGAGCAGAACAAAAAAAUGAACCGAGAUUAUACAAGGAAUGCCUCUAAUCUGGAAAGAAAUGACCUACGGAUUGAGGAUGGUAUCUCUUCUACACUGCCAUCCAAAGAAUCAAGAAGGAAGGGCACUCUGGACUAUCUAAAGCAGGUAGAGAAUGAAACAAGAAAUAAAUCAGAAAACGAAAAGAACCGAAAUCAGGAAGACAACAAAGUCAAAGACCUUAACCAAGAGAUUGAGAAACUUAAGACGCAAAUCAAACAUUUUGAAUCUUUGGAAGAAGAGCUUAAGAAAAUGAGGGCCAAAAAUAAUGAUCUUCAGGAUAAUUACCUAAGUGAACAAAAUAAAAAUAAAUUCUUAGCCAGCCAGCUGGAGGAAAUAAAGCUACAAAUAAAGAAACAGAAAGAGUUAGAAAACGGGGAGGUAGAAGGGCAAGAUGCUUUCCUGUCCAGCAAAGGGAGACACGAGAGGACUAAGUUCAGAGGCCACGGGAGUGAGGCAUCUGUGAACAAGCACACAUCCCGGGAACUGUCUCCUCAGCAUAAGCGGGAAAGGCUCCGAAACAAGGAGUUUGCUCUCAACAAUGAAAACUAUUCUCUCAGCAACAGGCAGGUUUCCUCUCCCAGUUUCAUCAACAGGAGGGCAGCAAAAGCUUCUAAUCCAGGGGCAGGUACAGACAGUGGGACUCAGGAAACAAAGAGAACUGAAGACCGAUUUGCAUCUGGAUCCUCUCAGAGUGAAGGGAAGAAGUCCAGGGAGCAGCCGUCAGUACUUAGCCGCUACCCCCCAGCUGCUCAGGAGCACAGUAAAGUUUGGAAGGGGACUCCCAAGACAGGCACUGAGAGUGGAUUGAAGGGAAAAGUAGAGAAGACAACACGAACAUUUAGUGACACUAUUCAUGGAUCUGUUCCCAGUGACACACUGGGUAGAGCUGACAAGGCUUCUGACACCUCUGAGGCAGUGUUUGGCAAGAGGGGACAGGUGCCUGGCAAUGGAAGUCAAAUAACUCAGGCUGCAGACUCUGGCUGUUCUAAGGCCAUUGGAGCUCUGGUUUCAUCUCGAAGAUCCUCCUCAGAAGGGCUCUCUAAAGGCAAAAAGGCUGCCAGUGGCCUAGAGGCUGAUACCAGUUCCCCAAAUUCUAAGGCUCCUAUUUUAUCAAAGUAUCCUUAUAGCUCUAGAAGCCAAGAGAACAUCCUCCAGGGCUUUUCAACUCCAAAUAAAGAAGGAGUUGAUCAACCCAUAGCAGUUAUGAUGGAAGACAGCAGUCAACAUGAAGCCUUGAGGUGUCGAGUCAUCAAAUCCAGUGGCAGAGAGAAGCCAGACUCAGAUGACGACUUGGACAUAGCAUCUCUUGUUACUGCCAAGCUGGUAAACACAACCAUCACUCCAGAGCCAGAGCCCAAGCUACAGCCUAACUCUAGGGAAAAGGCCAAAUCCCGAGGGGGACCUAGGACCUCCCCAUUUGAGAAUGAUAAAGAUACUGGAAUAGAAAUUGAAUCUGUGAAAUCUGUCAGAGCAUCCACCAGUGCCGCGGAAUUGCCAGAUGCCAAUGGUGCUGGGAUAAAAAGCCAAAGGCCAUUUAGCCCCAGAGAGGCCUUGCGGUCUAGAGCUGUCAUCAAACCUGUUAUCAUUGAUAAGGAUGUGAAAAAAAUCAUGGGAGGAUCUGGAACUGAGGCUGUGUUGGAGAAACAGAAACCUACCUCCAAAACAGGGCCAAACAAAGUGACAAGCAGCAUUACUAUCUACCCCUCUGACAACAGCAGCCCUAGAGCCACCCCAGGUGAGGCCCCAAGGGAGAGGCACACGUCCACCAGCAAUAUCCAGGUUGGGCCACCAGAGCUCACUUCAGUUAGCAACCAUGUCAACUCCCCCUUUGAGCUCUCCAUUCAUAAACAUGAUAUCACCCUGCAGCUCACAGAAGCUGAGCGAAUGGGAGAUGGGCCCCUUAAGAACAGGCCAGAAACAGUGGUCUCUCGGAGCAGCAUUAUAAUCAAGCCAUCGGACCCUGUGGAGAGGAAUAGCCAUGCACCCCCAGCGGAGACAAUCAGGUGGAAAAGCCAUAGUGUCCCUUCAGAAGUGGGCUCCUCGGAUGCCAGACACGUUACCGUGCGGAAUGCCUGGAAGAGUAGGCGAGACUUGAAAUCUUUAGAAGACCCCCCAACUCGAAUAGGUAAAAACAUGGAAGCCACCAAUGCCUACACCCAGAGGUCUUCCACAGACAUCUCAGAACUUGAACAGCCCAGAUCCCACCUUUUGGAGCAGGGCAUUCGAAGGGUAGGAAAUUCAGGGGAUGCCCUCGAGCUCUCCUCCAGAAGGACCCAAAGUAGCCUCACUGUGUCGGAGGUGCUCACCCGUCGGAAUCGGGUAGGAGACACUGUCACGGCUGCAGCCUGGAACCACUCAACAGGCACAGAGGAAGGUGAAGACUGCACACUGAGUGUCUACAAGCGACUGCACAAUUCCCUGGAACAGUCAGAACUGCCCAUGAAGCAGGGGCUGCCAGAGUCUGGACGAAUACGGGCUGAGGAACGCUUACGGCCAACCAGGCCCUGUGCUGAGGAAAACUGAGCCAGCUGGAUGAGGUCUGCUGUCACUC